AUGACCCCCUGUUGGGACCUGCGUGGAGCACCCUACGCGUGUGUCACCCCCGUCAGGUGCCGCGCGUGUCGCCGCAGGCGCACCAACGUCACCAUCGAGUGCCAGUCGCUGAAUGGGGCCACCUUCAUCCUGCACAAGGCCGGGCGCUCGGCCCCCAUCCAGCGCCAGGCCCCCGACAGGAGAGGCACGGCCACCUUCGUCCUCCCUCGGGUGACCCCGUCUGACGCCGGCACCUACGGGUGCUCCUACCGUCUCCGUGAGCACCCCUUCAUCUCCUCGCACCCCAGGGCCGAGGUGACGCUGGAGGUGGAACACGGGGGGCCCAGCACGACCUCCCCUCUGCCGCCAUCUCCAGACCUCCGACCCUCCCUGUCGCUGCACCCCAGCGAGGGGGCGGCCCUGGGGGACAACGUCACUCUGCGGUGCCACGUGCCCCAGCCGGCUGCCAGGGUCCUGAUCUACAAGGAGGGAGAUGGGACCUACCAAUGGUACCGGGAGAAGGUGGAGGAUACGGCUGAGUUCUCCAUGAAGGUGUCGGCACGGGGCUAUGCCGGGAGAUAUUGGUGCCUGUACGAGACCCUGGAACCGUCCAGGACCUUGGAGAUCAGUGACCCCGUGGAGCUGGUGGAGCUGGCUAGCUGGUAUCGCCCACCCACAAUAGCCCUGAGGCCCGGGGGACGCGUGAGGACAGGCACCAACGUCACCAUCGAGUGCCAGUCGCUGAAUGGGGCCACCUUCAUCCUGCACAAGGCCGGGCGCUCGGCCCCCAUCCAGCGCCAGGCCCCCGACAGGAGAGGCACGGCCACCUUCGUCCUCCCUCGGGUGACCCCGUCUGACGCCGGCACCUACGGGUGCUCCUACCGUCUCCGUGAGCACCCCUUCAUCUCCUCGCACCCCAGGGCCGAGGUGACGCUGGAGGUGGAACACGGGGGGCCCAGCACGACCUCCCCUCUGCCGCCAUCUCCAGGCGCCAAAGGUGACUCUGGCUGGAAAUUGGCUGUGGUGGGGGGCUGCGCAGCCACCCUCGUCCUCAUCCUCUGCUUCGGCCUCAUCUUCUUCACCGCCGCCCUGUGCCGCAGGAAGCAGCGCGGAAAAGGUCCCACCAUGGUGGCACCCAGCAGGUAGGAGAGGGGUCCCCCCACCCCCAGGACACC